AAUUUCCCAUAUGAAACGCCUAUGUUCGACUUUUCGAUUUACACCCUGUACAUCGUCUACGCUAUUGUUAUGCAACAUUAAACCCAAGUGCACGUAAUGUGUGUUGCCUAUCCGUACUACGCGUUUUCACAAUAUCUUUUCUAAUCUUUUCUCAAUAUAAUACUGAUGAGUGAUGACCUAUAUUUACUUUCCUUUUUUGCUAUCAAUCUCUGCCCGUAAUCCAUUGCGGCGCCCGAUAAUUUAUCACAACAAUCCACUUAAAUUUAAAACAUAACACACGUGCAUUCGCUUUCAUAUCAAGUAAAAAGUUCAGUUUUAUUAUUUUUCCAGGCUUCAAAUAAUUGUAGUUAUGCGAACUCCAAUUUUCAUCACAUCCACCCCUCUGUUGCAUUAAUUAAUCGCCUCUUGCGACAUGCAAUGUCGAUGCAUUAGGGAUAUUCUCAAUCCCGGUCCUAUACGGGUUAACAGCCACAAAUCGUGUCGCAUCGGACAAUUUCGGACAGACUCGUUUACCCUGAAACGCACAUACCCAGGCUGCAUUGUGGGACGAAGCACUUAUCACUCUGUAAUCUCCGUUAUCUAACGCAAUAGCGUCGACAACGUUUCCACUGAAAAAAUGGAGGAUAAUUCUAGGUAUCGGCCUCAAAACCGCAACCCAAGGGAAAAUGCUACUCUGCUAUCUGUUUGGACUUACUUCUUUACUUUACCUACAUUUUUGCUGGGGUAUCGUAAGGGAAUUACUGAGGAUGACAUUUACGAAACCCUUCAUGAUCAGAAAUCAAGUACUUUGGGUGUCUCUGCCAUAAAAUUAUGGGAAGAUGAAAUUAGAAAUGCGUCAGGAAAUAAACGACAACCAUCGUUAAGAAAGCUAUUGGUCAAAAUGCUACUCAGAGAAUAUCUGCUGUGUACUGCAAUUACAGCUACUGCCGAUGUGAUCAUAAGACCAUUGCAAGCUUUCUUUCUUGGCGAAUUAAUAUCAUGUAGCACCUUGGGACUCGAGCAAGACUGGACUCCGUAUUUAUAUGCCUUGGCUGUUAUUAUGACGGUAUUCCUGCACUGUUUUCUAGCACAACCUGCUGUAAUGGGAUCCUACGUGACCGCAUUGAAAAUACGGGUCAUAUGCAGCAGUCUUAUAUACAGAAAAUUAUUAAGACUUAGCAACGGUGCCCUAAAUCGAACUACACCUGGAAAAAUUCUUAAUUUAAUAUCAAAUGAUGUCAGCGUGUUUGAAAAAAUGGUAUUUGCAUCGCAGUUCUUAUGGAUCACCCCCAUUCAAACUGCCGUGAUCAUAGGCUUAUUGUACAGGGAAAUUGGCAUUUCUUCGGUUUUUGGUGUAGCAACUUUACUACUUUUUCUACCAAUGUAUUUUGUACUUGGAAAAUUGACCUCGUCUUAUCGUCUAAAGACAUCAACAGAAAGGGACAAUCGUUUACGAUUGAUGAACGAAAUUAUCCAUGGGAUAAACGUCAUAAAAAUGUACGCUUGGGAGAAACCAUUUGCCAAAAUGAUAGACAAAAUCAGAAAGGCGGAAUUGCAUUUCGUACGACUAGGACUGUACGUUAAAAGCUGUUACAUAGCCUUUGGAACGUUUCAUGUACUAUCACUGUUCGUAACGAUCACAGCAUUGGCAAUUAUAGAUCGAAGUUUAUUAAACCCGAAGUCUGUUUUUGUUGCAAGUCCGUUAAUAUACGCGAAUGCUAUGGCCUUAAGUUACCUACUACCACAAGGUAUGAUAUUCUUAAGCGAAAUGUCGGUUUCAUUGGACCGUAUUGCGGCGUUUCUGCUUUGUGAUGAAGUUGAUGUGGUAGCAACCUCGACGAAAGAAAAUGUUGCACUUAAAAUCGAACAUGGUGCAUCAAAGUGGGAUCAAAAUGCCAAAGAUAACUUGCUCACAGACUUGAACGUCGAAAUAUGGCCCGAAAAGCUGACUGCUAUAGUUGGUCCUACUGGAAGUGGGAAAACUAGUUUGUUAAAUAUGAUCCUGGGAGAAAUGCCAAUAUCCAGUGGACUCUUGUCGGUCAACGGAAGUAUCAGUUAUGCAUCACAAGAGCCUUGGAUAUUUCCAUCGACGGUACGUCAGAACAUACUAUUUGGUAGCGAAUGGAACGAAACUCGCUACAGUGCCGUGAUUAAGUGCUGUGCUCUCGAACGUGACCUAAAGCUUCUCCCUUAUGGUGACAAAACAACGGUUGGGGAAAAAGGGACAUCUCUAAGUGGUGGGCAGAAGGCCAGAGUUAGUCUUGCCCGAGCCAUUUAUAGGGACGCAAAUAUCUACUUAUUAGACGACCCGCUUUCGGCGGUAGAUGCGCACGUCGGUAAACAAAUCUUUGAGCAAUGCUUUGAAGUUUUUCUCAAAGGAAAAACGGUAGUAUUGGUUACACACCAACUGCAGUAUUUACAACGCGUUGACUACAUAUUGGUAUUGCAUAACGGAUCAUUAGCCGCCAAAGGGACUAAGAAUGAGUUAGAGAGCUCGGGUUUCACUUUCAUUAAAUACUUAGGACAAAAUAAUGAAGAAGAAGAAUUAGAGGUAACCGAUAACUCUAUUGGUACAGAUCCCAAACCUUUAGAGGAAAAGUCCCAAUUUGAAGAACAAACAAAGGACUCUUCCUUCAUUUCAUGUGACACAUAUAAACGUUACUUUUUAGCAUCUAAAGAUUACGUAACACUCGUGUUCGCCAUUUUAUUUUCUUCUCUCACACAAAUAGCUGCAAGUGCUACCAACUACAUUUUAGCGCAAUGGGUAGAUGUGGGACAAUUUGAAGAUACUGAUCACCAACGAUACAGUUACAUAUUCGGCAGUAUCGCAAUCGCUUCUGUUAUUUUCACAAUUUUAAGAUCCAUUUAUUCUAUGAAGCUAGCCAAGAGAUCUUCCAAAGCAUUACACGAAACAAUGUUUAAAAACGUCAUUCGGGCUACUGUAAGCUUCUUCUAUGCAAACUCGUCCGGAAUAAUUUUAAACCGCUUUGCAAAAGAUUUGGCAAUCGUUGAUGAACUGCUGCCUAUGGCAGUGAUGGUCGUUUUGCGAACGAUCUUAAGUAUUUUAGGAGUCUUUGUAGUGAUUUGUUUUGUUAACGCUUGGUUUCUUAUUCCAACUCUUUUAGUUGUAGCCACCCUUUACUAUUUAAGGCGAUUUUAUUUAACUACAGCUUUAAAUCUGUUGAGAGUGGAAGGGCAAUUGCGAGGACCAGUUUAUAGUCACGUAAAUGCUUCUUUGCAAGGUCUACCCAUCAUAAGAGCAUUUGGGGUUAAAAAUGUAUUGACAAACGAAUUUUACUACCAUCAAGAUAUACACACUAGCUCGUUAUAUAUGGCGUUAGCAACUUCUAGAGCAUUUGGAUAUUGGGCAGAUCUAGUAGUUGUCAUUUAUAUUGUGGUGCUCACACUCCACUAUACGUUUAAUUCAGAUGCACAUGGUGCUAACAUUGGAUUAGUUAUAUCUCAAGCAAUGCAAAUGAUGGGCCAAUUAGCUUGGGGAGUGCGACAAUUCGCGGAAAUGGAAAAUUUUAUGGUAUCAGUCGAGCGAUUAUCUCAAUAUGACACAAUUAAAACAGAACGAUCCGGCGACCAUGCGGAAAUAGACUGGCCUACUCGCGGGGAAAUUAAAUUUGUCGGCGUCAGCUUGAAAUACUCUGAAACAGCACCUUACGCUUUGAAAGAUUUGAAUUUCAUUAUCCGUCCGUUGGAAAAAGUUGGUAUCGUUGGUAGAACGGGUGCUGGAAAAUCUUCGAUAAUGUCCGCCAUAUUUCAAUUUGUCGAAAUAGAGGGUUCAAUUGUAAUCGACGACAUUAAUCUUGUAAACGUUAGUUUGGGCUAUUUAAGAAAGAAAAUAUCGGUCAUUCCCCAAGAUCCAGUACUAUUUUCUGGAAGCCUCAGGUAUAACUUAGAUCCUUUUAGCGAAUAUCAGGAUGAAACGCUGUGGCGUGCACUAGAAGAGGUCAGACUUAAAGAGGUUGUCGAUAAUUUCAGUUCAGGUCUAAAUCUGGAAAUAUCACAGGAUGGGUCCAAUUUCAGUGUAGGCCAACGCCAGCUUAUAUGUUUAGCGCGCGCUAUUCUCCGAAAAAACCGGAUAUUGCUUCUGGAUGAGGCAACAGCGAAUGUUGAUCUUGAAACUGACAUAAUUAUCCAGGAAACUAUUAGAGAUAAAUUUUCGAAAUGCACUGUUCUAACUAUAGCACAUAGGUUAAACACCAUCAUGGAUUCCGACAAAGUACUGGUGGUGGAUGCAGGGGUCGCAGUUGAAUUUGACCAUCCCUAUGUACUACUUCAAAACAAAGUGGGGGUGUUUUAUAAUCUAGUGCAACAAACCGAAAAAGUGAUGGCGAACACUCUUCUAUCAAUUGCGAAAGAGAGCUACGAAAAGAAUACAUCACCAACAGCAAUAAAUCAAUAUAAUUGAUAAACCUCUGUCUGUUAUAGCAUGUAAAAUCUGAGAGAUGUUCUAAAUGUUUAGUAAAUUUAGAUUGAUUUUUAGUUCACUAAUCAAUGGGUUAGUAUAAUGGUUCAUAUCCGUAUAAAAGAAGAAAUCCGAAGCAAUCCCUUGAGAUCCUCCGAAAUUCCGACUUUUGCCCGAGAGGGAUAGAAAUACUUGUUAUACCUAAUGGUAUAAAUCGUUACAUGAUCAUUCAUCUCAUAGUCGAAGGGCUUUACUAAAUGUUGAGCUCUCGGUGUUCACAAGUUACAAGAAAUCGCCUUUAAAUGAAAUAUCGCUUGGGCAUAAAACUCUCUUGAAUAUUUUUUAAUUAAAUCAAUCCACUACUACGCUAAUUCAAAUAUAUAACGAAGCUAUCGACAACAAAUAGUAACACGACAGAACGCGACAAUACUACAACGCGAUAGAGGUUCGAGAAGUUCGCAACAGUUUGGAAGCAGGAUUGUUUCCUGCAUGUGCUGCUAUAAUCCUGCUUCUUAGUGCAAGUCAGCAACAUUAACAUUUCCCAAUACUUACUGUUAGAUGCUUAAGUAACAAUAUAAACUAUUAGAUGUC